CAUCAGUAUGUGUUGAUCAGGUCCAAGCAUCGCCUGUUCAUUUAUCGUGGCCGGCCUUACUAUCUAGAUUCUACAAAUGAUACAAGGCAUCGCAUCUCUUUAACAGAUGGCUAGUAUUUUUUUUUCUUGUCACCUUGCCUAUUGAUGACUGCACCCCACACUCUGGAGAGCGUCCAGUCUCCAGUGAAGUAAAUGAGCAUCUCGGUGGAGUUCCAAAAAAUUAGCAUCGUUGGUGACGCAAGCUUGAGGCAGGUUUUCAUCGCCCUUCACAUUGCAGGAGGUCAAGUCGGUGUCCCCAUUAUCAUUCUCACUUGGGCCUUCUCCAAAAACGUCGUCCGCCAUCCUACACUGGUCAAUCUCUGGAUUACCUUUGUCGUCUACUCUAUAUCGUAUUGUAUACUACUGUACACUGGCAGUUGGCAAGUCGAUGCAACCACCUCUUCCCCAAGUAAGGUGUGUCUGGUCCAAAGUGCUAUGGUACAAGGAGCACCGUCUAUGUCGGCUGUGGCAGGACUUUUAGUUGUUUUUCAGAUCUGGCAAACAUUCCAAGAACCCUCCCCGAGUAACACAGCUAAACGGCCCGAUAGCGUUAAGAUUUUUCUGGUGCUACCUUAUCUCGUCUUUCUCAUAUUUGCUUUGGUGGCUGGCACUCUUGGAAAACUUCACCCUGAGCGCAUCUACGCCUCCAAUGGUCUUUAUUGUACACUCCACAAUGUGGGCUUUAAUCGCUACGUCGUUCCGACCUUCUGUGUCAUUGUGAUGGCAGUGCUGGUUGUGCUUGAAGUGAUCCUCGUCGUGAGAUACUGCAGAAUGUGGGCACAUAUAUCAAGAGUGUUUCCGUUAGCAUCUCGGAGAGCAUCACCAUCCCUCUUGUUACGAGUGCUUCUAUUCAAUGUAUAUUCUAUUGUUGUAUUCAGCGUAGCAGUGUUCUUCUUGUCUAAUUUCAACACUCCUUGGCCAUACAUGGUUCAGGCAUCCGUUCCUCUUACCGCCGUGGUGGUCUUUGGAUCGCAAGCUGACUUGUUACGAGCUUGGCGUUUCUGCAGACCACAACCGCCUGCGAACAUUUCCUCCCAAAACCUAUUAAGCUAUGGAUCUACUAGUAAUCUUCGCCUUACACAGAUCCAGGGUCCCACUUGUGAUUCCUCUGUAUCUGUAUUACCGCUAGGAAACGUAUAACUUUACGCUGGCAUAUAAUAUUUGAGGCAAAAGCAGGAUGGCAUCGAGCUUUACAACCACACAAGUUCGUCCAUUCCAAAGUCUGAUACAGGUGAAGAACCGAAUUAAGCACCUCCACUGCAGAAUGCUGUCAGUACAUAUAGAAAGUAGAAUACUGCGAACAUACACAAGAAUAUUGUUGCUACAAAAAUAUUGUAAGAAAGGAGAACAUGCCCCCUAAGAAAGGU